AUGAAUACACACCUUUUUGCUUUACAUGUAUGUGAUGUUCCAUCCAAGAAGAAGAACAGGAAGCAAGGAAUUGACGAUAUCAAAUCUGUAAGUAGGAACAUUUCCAAAUUUUACAUCACAAACCUUCCCUGGGGAUGUAACAGUUGGGAUGUUGCUGAGUUCGUUAAAGUUUUCGGUGAGGUAUCGGGGGUCUACAUUGCUAGGAAGAUAGAUAAAGAAGGAAGACGCUUCGGUUUGGUUAGUUUCAAAGACGUAUCAGAUGUGAAGGAAAUGGAACGGGCGCUCAAUGGCACGAAGAUGGGAGGUCACAAACUUAUUGCUAAUCUUGCUAGGUUUGCAAAGGAGAAUGCUGGCAUAGAAGGGGGGACGAAAGAUGAGGGUAGAGGUAAAGGGAAGAUGCAGGAUAGACCGGCUCAGAAAGUUCCAACUAAUAACUUCUCUUCCUUUCAUAUUGGUAAAGGAAAAUUAUUCAGUGAACUGUUUUCUAAUAAGAGCUCCUCGUCAGACGAAAUGGGUAACUCGUCAAAGGCUUCGGAAGUGUGUAUUGAAAUUGCUGACGAGACAUCCGCUUUCAAGGAACUUAUUGGCAACGCUUUGGUCGGAAAAUGUAAAGACCUUUCGUUCUUGAGGAAUUUAAACAAGUUUCUAUCUGAGACUAGUUUCAGGGGGUUUCAUUAA